UCCGCCUCCUCCUCCCCAGCCGCCGGGGACAUGUCUAACCCCGGAGGCCGGAGGAACGGGCCCGUCAAGCUGCGCCUGACAGUACUCUGUGCAAAAAACUUGGUGAAAAAGGAUUUUUUCCGACUUCCUGAUCCAUUUGCUAAGGUGGUGGUUGAUGGAUCUGGGCAAUGCCAUUCUACAGAUACUGUGAAGAAUACACUAGAUCCAAAGUGGAAUCAGCAUUAUGACCUGUACAUUGGAAAGUCUGAUUCGGUUACGAUCAGUGUAUGGAAUCAUAAGAAGAUCCAUAAAAAACAAGGUGCUGGAUUUCUUGGUUGUGUUCGUCUUCUUUCCAAUGCCAUCAAUCGCCUCAAAGACACUGGUUAUCAGAGGUUGGAUCUGUGUAAACUGGGGCCAAAUGACAAUGAUACAGUUCGAGGACAGAUAGUAGUAAGUCUUCAGUCCAGAGACCGAAUAGGCACAGGAGGACAAGUUGUGGACUGCAGUCGUUUGUUUGAUAAUGAUUUACCAGAUGGCUGGGAAGAAAGGCGAACUGCCUCUGGAAGAAUCCAGUAUCUAAACCACAUAACAAGAACGACUCAGUGGGAACGCCCAACACGACCAGCUUCUGAAUAUUCAAGUCCUGGCAGACCUCUUAGCUGCUUUGUUGAUGAGAACACCCCAAUUUGUGGAACAAAUGGUGCAACAUGUGGACAGUCUUCAGAUCCCAGACUAGCAGAAAGAAGAGUCAGGUCACAACGACAUAGAAAUUACAUGAGCAGGACCCAUUUACAUACUCCUCCAGACCUGCCAGAAGGCUAUGAACAGAGGACAACACAACAGGGUCAAGUGUAUUUCUUACAUACACAGACUGGUGUGAGCACAUGGCAUGAUCCAAGAGUGCCUAGGGAUCUUAGCAACAUCAAUUGUGAAGAGCUUGGUCCUUUGCCUCCUGGAUGGGAGAUCCGUAAUACCGCAACAGGCAGAGUUUAUUUCGUUGACCAUAACAACAGAACAACACAAUUCACAGAUCCUCGGCUCUCUGCUAACUUGCAUUUAGUUUUAAAUCGGCAGAACCAAUUGAAAGACCAGCAACAACAGCAAGUGGUGGCAUUGUGCCCUGACGACACAGAGUGUCUGACAGUGCCAAGGUACAAGCGAGACCUGGUUCAGAAACUAAAAAUCUUGAGGCAAGAGCUUUCCCAACAACAGCCUCAGGCAGGCCACUGUCGCAUUGAGGUUUCUAGAGAAGAAAUUUUUGAGGAAUCAUAUCGACAGGUCAUGAAAAUGAGACCAAAAGAUCUCUGGAAGCGAUUAAUGAUAAAAUUUCGUGGAGAAGAAGGCCUUGACUAUGGAGGGGUUGCCAGGGAAUGGUUGUACCUUUUGUCACAUGAAAUGUUGAAUCCAUACUAUGGCCUUUUCCAGUAUUCAAGAGAUGACAUCUACACGUUGCAGAUCAAUCCUGAUUCUGCAGUUAAUCCGGAACAUUUGUCCUAUUUCCACUUUGUUGGACGAAUAAUGGGAAUGGCUGUAUUUCAUGGACAUUAUAUUGAUGGUGGCUUCACCUUGCCUUUUUAUAAACAGUUGCUUGGAAAGUCAAUUACUUUGGAUGACAUGGAGUUAGUAGAUCCAGACCUUCAUAACAGCUUGGUGUGGAUACUUGAGAAUGAUAUUACAGGUGUUUUGGACCAUACCUUUUGUGUUGAGCAUAAUGCAUAUGGAGAAAUUAUUCAGCAUGAACUUAAACCAAAUGGCAAAAGUAUUCCUGUUACUGAAGAAAAUAAGAAAGAGUAUGUCAGACUUUAUGUGAACUGGAGAUUUCUACGAGGCAUUGAAGCUCAAUUCCUGGCUCUGCAGAAAGGAUUUAACGAAGUAAUUCCACAACAUCUGCUGAAGACCUUUGAUGAGAAGGAACUAGAGCUCAUUAUUUGUGGACUUGGCAAGAUAGAUGUCGGUGACUGGAAGGUAAAUACCCGGUUAAAACACUGUACACCAGACAGCAAUGUGGUCAAGUGGUUCUGGAAAGCUGUGGAGUUUUUUGAUGAAGAACGACGAGCACGAUUACUUCAGUUUGUGACAGGAUCAUCUAGAGUGCCUCUCCAGGGCUUCAAGGCACUGCAAGGUGCUGCAGGCCCACGGCUCUUCACCAUACACCAGAUUGAUGCCUGCACCAACAACUUGCCAAAGGCCCACACUUGCUUCAACCGAAUUGACAUUCCGCCCUAUGAAAGCUAUGAAAAGCUCUAUGAAAAGCUGCUAACAGCCAUUGAAGAAACAUGUGGAUUUGCUGUGGAAUGAUGAACUUCAGAGAACUUACCUAGAACUCUAUUUAUACCCCUGACGGACAGACAGCCUCCUUUCAGCAGCUGCAAAGAAUGCUGAAAUGAGGACCCCUCCCCCUUUUAGGACACUGAGGGGAAAAGACAAUUUUGAAAUUCCUUUUCAAGGAAAAAAAAGGUCUUUAUGCUUUGCCAUGAGGACACAUUCAGCUGCUAUUUAAAAAUUAAUAUCUUGAACCUAAAGAAUGCUGACUUUUCCUGCAUUUCCAGAGUAGGCAGUAUUCUACACUUAAAGACUACUAUUUUUAUAUAAGGUAAUCUAUUCAAAUUGCUUCAGAUUCAAGUCUCUUGUUUAUCAAGACAGCUCCAGCAGGCGGUACAAGUCACAUUUCAUUUUAAUUGAAUACAUGAUUUUGAACAUCUCCUGUACUUAACUCUUUGUAAAAUGUAAAUAAAGUUAUUUUGAAUUAUC